CUACUUCUCGUCCCGAUUUUAUUUAUUCCCAUUGUUUUUAAAACUUUUUUUUUUUUUUGCCAACUUAACUUAACCCACCAACAAAGUUCUCUAUUUAACGUUGGCAUUUCGUUUUCUAUCUUCUGUACUUUAACCUCUCCCUCUCCUCUUCUCUCAUUAGUAGCAGCAGGCGCAGCCUCACUUUUCUUUCUUCCCACUGCUCCUCGUCUUCAUACCUACGCUCUCUCAGGAUCUGAUCUCCAAAUAUCUCUCUCGCUCUCUCUGCUCCAAGGUAAAUCCUUCGAAACCCAUUGUCUCUUUUGCUGUUGUUCUUUGGAUGGCGACAAUUGCGUGUUCAUGGAGCUUGUCGGUGGUUUAAUCAUGUAAUUGCUGAUUUGGGUUCAGUUUCCCACUUUGUUAACUGAAAUGGGUUUAGAUCUGUGUUCCCUGAUACUCUGGAAUGUAGAUUCUGAAGGGAUACCCAAGUGAAUGCUUUUAGAUGGGAAUUGAAAACACCGAAAAAGGCGCGAUCUUUAUGGGUUUCUUUCUGUUUGCAUUUCCUGGGCUGUUUUUAGUUUUGAUUCUGUACUAUGUUUUUUUUGCUGAGUGUUCUGUAGUUUCAUCAAACAUUGUGAAUCUGUGUUCCCCAAGUAGGUUAGAGAAAAUGCCACGCUCCGUUACGAGAUAUGGGGCCCAAUUAUGCUAACUUCUGAUCAAUUAAUUGGUGGUUAGAUGUGUAUUGAAUCCUCAAACUAUCUAGGAUUCCAAUUUUGAGUUUUGAGGUACUUCUUAGAUUAGCUUCAAUGCGAUCUACUGGGAACGGCAUCGUCACGUUUUCAAUUCAGUACUUAAGUUGUUGGUGAUAUGUGUUUUAACCCUCAUGGCAAUUGAUGAUAGCCUUUUGUUCAUGGUUUUCAGAAAUGGGUCGUGGAGUGAGCAGUGGUGGAGGGCAGAGCUCAUUGGGAUAUCUGUUUGGAAGUGGUGAAUCUCCCAAACCUGUCAAAGCUAGCAGCCUCUCAAAUGCAGCACCAGUCGAAGCCGAGACUGUAAGCGUUAGGCCAGCCGCUGUGAAACCUGCUGCCCCGCCAGUUGAUAUCACCAAGCAAAUCCCUGCUGGCAUCAACAGCACUUCCUCAAAUAACUACAUGCGUGCUGAUGGCCAGAACACUGGCAACUUCCUCACGGAUCGACCAUCAACCAAGGUUCAUGCUGCACCGGGCGGUGGCUCUUCUCUAGGCUACCUCUUUGGUAAUGCUGGUGGUAGUAACUGAGUGUUUGUGUCAAUGCCAAUCGAUGGUGCUAUCACAAGUAGCUUCUGUUUGAAUUGUGUGGGAGGAAUAUGUGAUGUGUAAGCUUCAAAUGGAGCAAUGUGUUUCAUCUUUUCCAUUCUAUAUAUAUAAGUAAUAGACAAAGGAUCAUGUCUUGUAAUGUAUAUUCAAAUUCAAAUGCUGUUUUGGAAAUGUCCAGCCAAGAAGGCAGUGAACGAGUCGUCCCUUUUGGUCACAAUAUGAAAUCCGCAUCAUCUCAUUGUGGAUGGUAUAGCUUGGCUUAGGAUAGGGUGAGUAACCCUUUGUUACUCACCCGUGAGUAACCACCUAGGAACCGUUGAUCUGGGGCGGACGGAUCGUGUGGCUGUCAUUGAAGCGGGAUGGUCAGGGGCAUUUUUGUCCGUUAUUUGAAUUAAUGAGUUUCCCCUUU